AUGGCGACGACGGAAGAGAGUGUGAAAAAGAAAGAAGGUUACAACCUAUUAGGUUCACCAACAUUCAAAGAGAUUGAAAACGGUCGAUUCAAAUGCGUCGAGACAGAUCACGAGGUUCUCCCCAAAGACAUACCCUUUUACUCUAACAGCAAAAAAUGUCGAUUGGGUCUCAUCGAUUUUGCUCUCUCUAAAAACAAAUCCCCUCUUAAUAUGUUCAAUCAAGACCCUCUCUGCCGUUCCAAGUUGAUAUGUAAGUUGACUGGAGACAAUGUCAAUAAGUCGGAAGAACAUAUCUGGAAGCAUAUGACUGGGAAAAGGUUUCUCAAUAAAUUAGAUCAACAGGAAGAAGGGAAGUUGUCAUGCCAAGGAAAGGAAAAUGACGAGAGUUUACAAGAGAAACAAAGUGUAGAUUGUGGAAGUAAAGCUGAAAUGAAGAAGAAGAACAAGCAGAAGAACAAGAAGAAAAAGAGGACAAAGAAGAAGAAGGAUAAGAAAGUUGAAGAGAUUAUUUCUGAAGUUAUGAAGUCUUCUAAUGAGGAAACAGACACGGAAGAGGAUGACUUCUGGAUGCCUCCUGCUGGACAACGCUGGGACAACGACGACGGAGGAGAUCGAUGGUGUUCAGAUUCGGAUUCCAAGUCAGAACAGGAAACUGAAGAGGGGGAUGUAAUUGAUGGUGUUGCUGAUGAAGAGUCAGAAGAGUUAUCCUCAAGAACAAAAAGAAUGUCGAUAGAAGUUGGACCCAGCAGCUUUGCUUCUAGGAAGAAGAAAAGUAAGAAGAACGAUGAAACUUGA